AUGAGGACCCCCGCAGAAUGGAGGAGCCUCAUCCUGCCGGUCCUGGCGGAGCUGUGGGCGGCGGCGGACUGCUUGACCACCCACUACCGGAGGACCGACAUCACCGUGCAGGAAGGAGCCCCGCUCACUCUCAGCUGCCCCGUGAACUAUGGCGGCGACCCACAGCAGAGGACGAGGGCCUUCUGGUGUAAGGGGAGCCACGGGGGCUGCUGCUCCGGAAAGGACACACUGGUGCAGUUGGAGAUGAAGGGGAAGUCCGACCCCGACGCUCGGGAGACACUGUGGUUCAACCUCACCGGCUCCAAGCCCUCCGACAGCGGCAUUUACCAGUGCUGUGUCGUUAACCAGAAGGCCAUCGUCUCCGGCCAUCAGAUCUCCGUGUCGGUGACAGAGGGAGGGAACGCGGUCGACCCCUCGCUGAACUCGACCAAGAACCGACUGGCCGGCGGAAGCCUCUCCAGCCGCGGCAAGGGGUCCCCGCCGUGGGUCUUCGUCCUUCGGUGGGCGGCCUGGGCGGUGGCGGUGGACGUACUGGUCGCCCUCUGCACAGGUCGCUGAGGACGACGGCACCGCGGGGGAGUUGGCCGUGACGUUCCGGGUCCUGCCGAAUCGCCACCGGGCCGGAUGGGGCCGCGGGAGGCGGGGGUGGGGAUGCGGGAGGGAGAACAGUGUGAUGGACGCCCGAGCGGAUGGCGCCGGGGGAGCCUCUGCUCCCCUGCAGCUGCAGAACUUUCUCCAUGUCAGCCUCUCUGGGGAGUUUUCGGUCCAUCGGGCUGCCCGCGGUGGGGGGUCUUUCUCCCCUCUGGACUCUAAGCUCGUUUUUUCAAAUGGCAUUUG